UUACCUAACGAUUUUUAAUUUGAAAAAGAACGCAUAGUCAACAUUCUAGACAGUGAUAGCUACUGCGAACAGAAGAAGUAGUUUUUUGUGGUAUUAGAUAUUAUUAUAUUAUCGAACCGCUUUAACUAACAGCAAAAUGAUAGAAGAUUUAUAAGCUUAUCGUACGUCGUUGGUUACGACGAUUUAAUUGUCGAGUGUGGUGGCAAUACACCUUCUCAAUGACCUUUCCUUGCAACAUCAACUAAAUCGAAGUCGAUUUUCAGAUUCGGCAUUUAAAUUGGAUUUAAAACGAGGACACAAAUCCACCGGAUAUAUCACAAGAAAAGGGAAGCUAUUACUAAUUGAUGAUUUUUUAUUAUUUUUUUUGCGCAAUUUCUUUCAGUAACCCUUCUUCUCCCAGUGCAGCUUAAUGAAAAAAGGCUUCACAUUGAAAUUUAAGAAAUUAAUUAAUUAAAGCGACGGUAAGUUUUGAUUUUUCUUUCAUCUUUUGCUAAUAAAAGAGAAAAGAGUUCAUGAGUGAGGAUUUAUUUGCAGGCGCAUAGAAGAGCAGUAGGUACUUCGUGAAGAGUUUGAAUUUUACAUAAGAAAUCAAUCAAUUUUAUUUUCGACAUGAAGUUGGUUCAGAUGACAUUUUUUUUCGUCUGGUUGUUUUCGAAAAUUGAUUUGUCCACCGCAGAUUGCAGUAGCAUUCAACGAUGCAGCGAUUGCAAUUCAGAUGCUUGUGGAGGACAGUGUUUUAAUUUAUAUGGCGGACUCCUAAAUUUUUUUCAAAAUGGAGAUUGUUAUUGGAAAAAGGUUCACGGCAACUGGGGUUGGUGGAGCAGUUGGACUUAUUGCUCACGCACAUGUGGAAGUCAAGCCCGAUCAAGAUCUCGAUACUGCAACAAUCCUUCUCCGCAAUACCAAGGGAAUAACUGUUAUGGCAGUAGCUACGAAACGAAGUCGUGUUACCUUUCUCCGUGUCCAGUGGAUGGAAAUUGGGCGCCAUGGUCUGGUUGGACUGAAUGCUCAGCUACUUGUGGUUAUGCAACACAAAACAGAACGCGAAGUUGUACCAAUCCAUCACCAUUGAAUGGAGGAACAGAUUGUUUUGGAUCUGCUAGUGAUGUUAGAGUCUGUAACUCCAAUCCAUAUUGUCCAGGAUGUGACGUAGCAGUCCCAAACAGAAUCAGGCUAAACACAGAAAGUAUGCAGAAUGAAGAAUGUUUGCGUAUGGGUUACUGUUUUGAAAAAGAAAAUAUUCUAAAUCCAAAAUGCUACAUGAAAAAAGGUCCUGCUGGGAAACGAUACGAGUCAUCCAUAAAAAUGACCUCAAUGCUUGGAAAGGAGCUUGGAAAAUCAGUUAGUCAAAUCCAGUGCUCAUUAAAAUGUACACUUGAUGAAAAUUGUGUUGAUGUUGUGUUUAAACCAACCAAUGGCAACAAAGGAAAUUGUUAUGUGGCUACCGGCGAUCACGUGCCAACAGCUGACCAUACAGAAACUGGCUACAUAAUGAAGUCUGCUAAACCGUAACGUUGGACAGAUUUUUAGAAAUAAUAAACUUCACCAGACUUAUGGCAUGGAAUAGAAUCGUAGAAUCAAUUUCGUUCUAAUUAAGGGCGUUUUACUUUUAUAAUAAUUAUUUAAGUAUCAGGAAUAGCAUAGCUUCCAUUACAUGCAACGUCAAAGCUCCACAAUGCACACAGGAACCCAAAUUGUUUUGUAACGUCAUGUAUAUAACAGAAACAGAAAUAUUUCCAUUUGGCAGUGUUAACAUUUUGUAUUUUUUACGACACAAAUUUUGUUCACAUUUUAUAACAUAUUGUACAAGAA